AUGGUCCUCCAUCAACCUGAAAACAAACACGUCUUUAAGGCAUUUGACCUGAGUGGCAAGGUUGCUGCUGUUACGGGCGGUGCUCGUGGUAUCGGCCUUGAAGUUUCGAGAGCGUUGGCAGAAGCUGGUGCCGAUGUUGCUCUAAUCUACAACACAUCCAAAACCGCCUCAGACACCGCCGCAUCAAUCGCAUCCGAGAACAACGUCAAAACAGCCGCAUACAAAGCCGACGUCGGAAACCAAGAGGACAUCGAAAAAGCCGUCCAACAGAUUGCCACAGAUUUCGGAAGAUUGGACAUCAUCGUUGUCAACUCGGGUAUCACGUCCAGCAUCGCGGCGGAGGAUUACUCUGCGGAACAAUGGAGGGAUAUAAUGAAGGUCAAUCUUGAUGGCGCUUUUUAUACUGCUCAGGCUGCGGCACGGAUUUUCAAGAAACAGGGAUAUGGGAAUGUUAUUUUCACGGCGUCUGUUAGCGCGACGUUGGUGAAUGUUCCGCAGAAGCAAGCUGCGUACAACGCGUCGAAGGCUGGUGUUGUGCAGAUGGCUAAGUGUUUGUCUGUUGAAUGGGUCGACUUUUGUCGUGUUAAUUGUAUCUCGCCUGGUUUUAUCGCCACUGAUAUCCUGGAUAUUCACCCUCAGGAGUGGAAGGAGAAGUGGUUUGAUAUGAUUCCGGCAAAACGGAUGGCGCAGUCAUAUGAAUUGAAAGGGGCUUAUGUGUUCUGUGCAUCCGAUGCUUCGAGCUAUAUGACCGGUGCGGAUCUUGUUAUUGACGGUGGAUAUACACUGCCGUAG